UUCGUGCCGCGUGCACACGUAUUGCGCGUUCGGAGAUUGCCCUCUUGCGUAGUCUUCGACGAACAUAAAAUUUAUGACAUAAACUGUGACUGGUUUCUCUGUACACGUACCGGUGCACCUUAAAGCGAACCCAACAUUUCUGUCGUUUAAUCUGCCCUGUUCAUUUGAUGUUCUUUGUUUUUCGUUAGUAAGUGCAAAAUGUGAUGUUAUGUGUGUUCAACGAGCGUGCCGUCCUGUGUAACGUUGCCCCAAAGUGAACUCAAUGGAUGUAAUGUGCUUUUGAUUUGGAAACGUGAAUCUUCUUGGUCCUUCGAGCCGGAUUUCACACUAUAAGAUUCAGCGGGGAUGACAGUUUUGUUUACGAGCAGACAACUUUCCUGAUCGCAGCCUGGACCGGACUGAAAUGAGACGAAAAAUCUAUCCUCGGCUAUGUGAAAACAGUGACACACGACAUCUCAACGGCUCCAACCCCAAUAUGCCUUUGGUCACGACAGCCUCCCGCUCGUGUAGCUCCAACAUGAGGAUAUCAGCGAUGGCGCCAAUUCUUUUUGGGCAGCGGAUCGCAUCCAUCCUCACGUCAAAUAUAUUUUUGAUAUUGGUGAUAUCGCUCCAAAUCCUCGCGUUUCGGAGCGGCGCUGCAGCGCUAGCAAACUGUCCAACCGGCUGUAUCUGCAACGACGACACCCUGGUCGUGGUUUGUGAAGAGAGCCGCCUCGACGUCCUGCCUAUUGCUCUAAACCCCUCCAUCCAACGCCUCAUCAUCCGGAACAACAAAAUUAAGACCAUCGACAGCUCCAUGCAAUUCUACGCGGAGCUGCAACACUUAGACCUCUCCCAGAACCAUCUCGUUAACAUACCUACCAAGAGCUUUGCCUACCAACGCAAGCUACAAGAGCUGCAUCUUAACCACAACAAAAUAUCCUCAGUCACAAACACCACGUUUCAAGGAUUGAACUCUUUGACCGUGUUGAAUUUGAAGAGAAACUUUUUGGAGGAACUGACGAAUGGCGUGUUCUCCACUCUCCCUAGAUUAGAGGAACUAAACCUAGGACAGAAUCGGAUAUCUAGGAUUGAACCUAAAGCGUUCGCAGGUCUCUCUGCGUUGAGGAUAUUAUAUUUGGAUGACAAUCAGCUAAGCUCAGUGCCAACGGCUUCUUUCAGCUUAUUAGGCAGUCUCGCAGAACUACACGUAGGAUUGAACGCGUUCUCCUUCCUGCCAGACGAUGCUUUCGCCGGACUCAAUAGAUUGGCGGUAUUAGAUUUGAAUGGAGCUGGUCUCUUCAAUAUCAGCGAGAAUGCUUUCAGAGGUCUUCCAGGACUGAGAAGUCUUAACCUCUUCGGAAAUCGACUAAGUGUUGUACCUACCCAACAGUUGUCUGGACUCACGAGAUUAGAAGAACUCUACAUUGGUCAAAAUGAUUUCAUUUCCUUAGAGAGCCACUCUUUCAAGGGACUGAAGAAUCUAAAGCUACUGGAUAUUACUGGUGCAACUCAACUUGAAAGAGUAGAAAAAGGAGCUUUUGAAGAUAAUGUAAAUUUGGAAACUAUCAUCAUAGCAAACAAUAAGAAAAUGGCUGUACUAGAAGAUAGUACAUUGUUAGGGUUACCUAAACUAAAGCAUGUAACGCUAAGAGAUAACGCAAUAAUAACGCUCAGUGAAACUGUGUUCGUAGGAAAAGAGCUCAGGCAGCUAGAUUUGACUGACAAUCCAAUAUUUUGUGACUGUCAAUUGCUGUGGCUUCAGGAACUUCUCAAUGACAAGAGCAAUUUCACUCAAAUCCAAUGCGCGGCUCCUGAACAUUUGAAAGACAAAUAUCUACGAGCAUUGAAUGCGGAUGAUUUAGGUUGCGUAUUACACGACACACGACAACAAACUAUAAUUUGCAUAAUCGUAGCUGCCUGUGUAGCCACAAUAGCUACUCUCGUUCUCAUAUUGUAUAGAUAUAGGAAAAGUAUGCAAGAAAAAUUAAAGGACUACAAGUGGAACAAGGGAAGGAAAAACCUUGAGUACCACAAACCAAUCUCUACCGAAGAAGACUGCAUACUAGAGCUUUACGCCUCUCCGAGCGUGUUCUUUAUGUCUGGCGGCCAAGGCUCAGCGCGGCGGCCGCAGCGCUCGGGAGGCGGUGGCGGCGGCGGCGGCACGCUGCCCGCAAAUGGCUUCACAUACAUCGGCGGCGAGCGAUCGCACCCGCCACACCAGCCGCUCACACUAAACAACGGCGCGCCGGCGCACCACCUCAACAACGGCACCCUGCGCUCGUUGCCCGACAAGAAGAACAACCGGAACGGCGUCGUCUGCCACCCGGACAACUUCCAACGCAACCUCGACACGCGCUACUCGCGCAAGCAGGAGAACGGAUACUUGCGCAAUUCCGAGACAAUCAUCGGGUUCGGGCGUGAGCAGCGAGAACGAGAGCGGGAGCGGGAGUACGGCGGCGACUACAGCGAGCCCGAGUACUCCGUGAUCCCCGAAGCGGGCUACGGGCGCGCGCGCGACGACUACCCGCGCUCCUGCGCCCACUCCAACACCUUCAACUGUUGAGGGCAGCUAUGAACUCUUUCAAUCGUUUGUGAUCUUGUAAUUCUAGCAAUAAAUCUUCAUUCCAUUAAGUUUUCUAUGGACGGACUCGUGACGGGACGUAGUGCGUUAGAGCGGUUAGUGACAUUAGUAUUCGGGUCCGGUGUACGUUCGACCAGUGAGGACUGUCCUGUCGUAUUCGGUUUAAAAGAGUACCUUAUUUGUAAAUUAUAAAUUUAAGUAGUGAUGGAUCUAUUUUUCAAUGAGACGUCGGGUUGGGUGUGAAAGUGUGACUUUCACUAGACUUUCGUACAAUGUACAGCUAGUCGCGGUAAGUAGGGGUAGUGCGGAGGCCGGGUGGCGGUGGCGUUGUGGCCACAUUGCCCGGGGCUCCCCGGCUAUACAUCAUAAAAUAUUGUGAUUUGUAUUUUUUGCUGCCCAGUGCGGUGGAAUUUGUAUUUGAUUUUGUACAAAAAACCAUUCCAUAAGAAAUCUUUUUAAUGUGUAAUAUUUUAUUUAUAAACGAGUAAAGUAAGUGUGCAUUAAAUAAGACACCAAUAUGAAGAAUAUUAGAAUUAACGAAUGUAAAUAUAUUUAUACUAUAUUGAGAUAUUUAUAAAAUUUAAUACGAUCUUGUUCUUCUAAAAUUAUCAUAAAAUUAUUUCGGGAUUUCUGAUAUUGUAUGGUUUGCUAUAUUGACUGAUAUCCUAAAUAAGAGAUUUCUUAUGUCACUCUUGUUAAUACACUAUAAUUCGUAUUGUGUAGGUACGAAUGCACCCAUUAUUUCGAAUACACCUUGAACACUUUGUAUGCUCAAUCCUAAUAUUAUAUUUUUAUUAAGAUUGAUAUUAAUAAAGCAGAAUAAAGUUUUGCAAUAGGCAUUGAAAACAUAUAAGUACUAAUGAUUGUAAUCGAACUCGUUGGUUGACGAUAGAAACCACUUCACAGUUUAUACACACGUCAUUAUUGUCAGAUGGUUGUACCCAUUGUUCAAUAUAUACACACGUUUUCAACAAUAUUCUUGUCCUGUUUUAAGACUGCCAUAGACCGUUACUGUUUUGUCUGUCUACCCAGACAAAUAUCCAAGAUGACAAUAUACAAAAUAUUGCUUGUAUACUAUCUUCCGCUAUUUUUUUUAUCAUUAUUCAUUCAAAUUCAAAAAAUAUCAUUACUCAGUAGUUACACUUUGAAUCAUCAUUUUUCACAUAACGAACGUCUCAUCCACCUAAACUACUGCGCAGCUUCUCACAACCUGUAUUACGUAGUCGGGGAAAAGAAGCUGCAAGAAAAAGCUCGCAGAUGUUCUUAAAAUAAAAACAUAAUAAUAAAAAUAAAUAUUGUAGGUUUGCAUUAGGUGGUGUACUUGGCUGCAGUCUAUCUUCCGGUAAGGAAGGUACAGCUAAUACAGAAAGCGCAACCAGCGGAGACGCAACUUUAUUACAGAAACAGCCGAGUUUUAACGUAACAUGCUAUACACCUGUAUCCCCAAAGCGAUAAGCAGAGGUGUAGUAGAUAAACCCAGUUCUCGCUAGCUAUUUUUAAGUCCUAUGAAAUAAGGGGUGAGCCUAUUGCCAUUAUUAACCAGGCACAAAUCCUGGAAAUCAAAUAUCUAUGAUUCAAACAUGGAAUUCAACUCUUAAAUUCGAAUUCGAAUUUAGUGGUUCAGACCCCGAUCCGGAAUUCGAACCCGAAAGUCGUGGCACAGCGAUGUAAGCAGAGUUUUAAAAUUAAGAGAAAUUAAAGUAGAUAGAUAGAUACUAGGUACCUGUUAAAAAAUAUAAUACCGGGUUCUUACCGCGUUUAAAUCAGGGAUAUGAGACUCCCUAUAUUUCGACACUGUUGCAAGUGCCAUGAUCACGCGAUGGCUGAUAUAUUUGGAGUGGAGUAGGUAGAUCCAUAAUUUUCUACGGGGAGACAUAUCUGUCUACCCCCUUUCUUUGCUUUUAAACGCGGUAAGAACCCGUUAUUGUAUGUUUUAAUUAUGAUAAUAACCGCGUAAACCUAAAACUGUUAUUGUCAUUUUGGAUAUUGUCGUAUUCUAUUACUUAUUUCAAAUGUAUUUUAUUAUCAACCUAUAAGCAAGAGUAACAGAGGUCUUAUGGUGGUAUUUUGUUCAUGUAAAUACGAGAAAUUAAAGACUAAGCGAUAAAGGCAUGUGUUAGUGCCUAGUAAAUGCCUAAAACGUAUACAAAAAUCGAUGAAUACAUAUGAGAAAUUGUGAUUAGUAUAACUCACGACAUUGUAAUAGAUCAUCGGUCAUUUCUGUACUUUAUUGUAGUUAUUACCUACAUACAAACUCGAUAAAUAUAACAUACCUCAAAUUUA